UUAUCACUGGGCCGCCCAGUGAUGAUCGUCAAUGCUAGUCAGCACAGCUGUGACGCCUUGAUCAUCCAUAGUGCGGGAGAUCCUGUCCAUGUUCUGCUUGACAUCAAACAAGCCGAAGUGUCCGAAUUCUCCUCAGAGUUCCAAUCACUCGCAGAGCAGUUUGGUUCUUCUGAUUAUCAACUCACGCUUGUCGGCAUCCUUCGCAAGCUUUGGAAUGAUGUCGUUGACCCCGUAGUCCAAGCUCUCAAGGAGUCUGAAGUUCGCCCUGGUUCGCAUAUCUGGCGGUGUCCCACUGCUGAGUUCACGCUGCUUCCCCUCCAUGCAGCGGGACCAUACGAGAAGGGAAGAGACAAUUUGUCCAACAUUUACAUAUCCCCUUACACCCCCACUUUGGCGACUCUCGUUCGUUUCUCGAGAUGUGUCCUCCCAACAUUUUGUUGUCAAGGCAACCCGAUUGAAGGGAAGGAGCUCAAAUGUGUUGCUCCUGAGCUAGCUAUCGUCGCUCGCCACGUCACUCCCGUCAUCUCCUUCGCAUCCCUCGAGGAUGGCAACGCAACAGUCGAGAGUGCACUCGAUGCACUCAACCGUAAUCAAUGGCUCCAUCUUGCCUGCCGUGGAAUGCUGAAUCGGACACAGCCGUUCGAGUCUUCCUUCGCCAUGAUGCGCGACGGGCCCUUAAUGAUCAAGGAUAUCAUCCGAUCCAACUCGCAGAACCCACAGUUUGCAUUCUUAUCAGCCUGCCACACUACCGUCGGCGGCGAGGGGAGCCCCGAUGAGUCGAUCCAUCUUGCUGUGGCCAUGCAAUUCUGCGGAUUUCGCAGUGUGAUCGGUUCCAUGUGGUCUGUCGACGACGAGGUUGCACGGCAGGUCGUGUCUGCUUUUUACCGCAAGUUAAUCGGUGAUUCAAAAAGAUUGGACUGCACAGGGGCUGCGGUAGCGCUGCACAAGGCUGUGAGAUCGUUGCGCAAGAAGAUCCCGUUAGAACAGCAGAUUGUAUUUGUCCACAUAGGUGUGUAGUUAGAGACUCGAUUCGCUAUAUUAUUCCAUUUGCUGUAUUUCUAGUUGUUUUCAUUCCCUCGCUCUCCUGUUGUUUACUUAUUUCUGCAUGAUACUUUCUUGUUCUGUGCUGUACUAGUGCCACACACCGCGUCCCGUUGAAUAAAUCUGAUUUACUCCU